AAAGAAUCGAACAUUUAUUCUGAAAUAUCUUAUUUUUUUCUUGAAAAUCAACUCAUACUAUAUUAUACUACCCUUCUAAUCGGAUUCACUGAAAUUGAAGUAGAAUAUUGAAAGAAAAUGUGAGGGUAAUUUAUCAUUACAGAUCCUUCUGAUCCAAUUCGGUGAAAUUGAAGGGAAAUUGGGUGAAUUGUGCAGAAAUUGCACGGAGUUGAGUAGAAUUAGUCGAUAAUUUGAGUUUGCAACUGAGGGGGAAAAAAGUGGGAUUGGAUGCGGAAUUCUGAUUUACGAGUUGGAAUUGAAGAUAGACAAGGAGCGAUUUAAUAGUGAUAUCAAGGAAAGCAAUUGGUCAAUUUUUGCUGGUUGUAUGGCAACUCAUGUUGAGCCUCCGAAUGGGGUGGGAACACCAGGGAAGCAUUACUAUUCCAUGUGGCAAACACUGUUCGAGAUUGAUACGAAGUAUGUGCCAAUCAAGCCUAUUGGUCGAGGGGCGUAUGGUAUUGUCUGCUCGUCUGUCAACAGGGAAACCAGUGAAAAGGUUGCAAUCAAAAAGAUAUAUAAUGCCUUUGAAAACCGCAUUGAUGCACUAAGAACUCUGCGUGAAUUGAAGCUCCUCCGCCAUCUUAGACAUGAAAACAUCAUAGCUCUGAAGGAUGUUAUGCUUCCAAAUCAUAAGAGAAGCUUCAAGGACGUCUACUUGGUUUAUGAGCUUAUGGAUACUGAUUUGCAUCAGAUAAUUAAGUCGUCCCAAACACUGUCGAAUGAUCAUUGUCAGUAUUUCCUAUUCCAGUUACUUAGAGGUCUGAAGUAUCUACACUCAGCAAACAUUCUUCAUCGGGAUUUGAAGCCUGGGAACCUACUUAUCAACGCAAACUGUGAACUGAAAAUAUGCGAUUUUGGGCUAGCACGGCUAUGA